ACAUAAAGAUGGAUGGUGAGCAGAACCUAUAACUUGUUAGUUUUUCGACACUUCAUCUGCUACAAAUUCUGGCUUAGAAAUGGAUGUUCUUUGUGAAGAAAACAUUUCUUUGAGUUCAAGUACGAACUCCUUAAUGCAAGUAAAUGAUGACACAAGGCUCUACAAUAACGACUUUAACUCCAGAGAAGCUAACACUUCGGAUGCAUUUAACUGGACAGUGGACUCAGAAAAUAGAACCAACCUUUCCUGUGAGGGCUGUCUCUCACCACCAUGCUUCUCCUUACUUCAUCUCCAGGAAAAAAACUGGUCUGCUUUGUUGACAGCUGUAGUGAUUAUUCUAACCAUUGCUGGAAACAUACUCGUCAUCAUGGCAGUGUCUCUAGAGAAAAAGCUGCAGAACGCCACCAACUAUUUCCUGAUGUCACUUGCCAUAGCUGAUAUGCUGCUGGGUUUCCUUGUCAUGCCCGUGUCCAUGCUAACCAUCCUAUAUGGUUACCGGUGGCCUCUGCCUAGCAAGCUCUGCGCAGUCUGGAUUUACCUGGAUGUGCUCUUCUCCACGGCCUCCAUCAUGCACCUCUGCGCCAUCUCGCUGGACCGCUAUGUUGCUAUCCAGAACCCCAUUCAUCACAGCCGCUUCAAUUCCAGGACUAAAGCAUUUCUGAAAAUAAUUGCUGUCUGGACCAUAUCAGUAGGUAUAUCCAUGCCAAUACCAGUCUUUGGACUACAGGAUGAUUCCAAGGUCUUUAAGGAAGGAAGUUGCUUACUUGCUGAUGAUAACUUUGUCCUGAUCGGCUCUUUCGUGUCUUUUUUCAUUCCCUUAACCAUCAUGGUGAUCACCUACUUUUUAACUAUCAAGUCACUCCAGAAAGAAGCUAAUUUGUGUGUGAGUGAUCUUGGCACACGGGCCAAAUUAGCUUCUUUCAGCUUCCUCCCUCAGAGUUCCCUGUCUUCAGAAAAGCUCUUCCAGCGGUCCAUCCACAGGGAGCCAGGAUCCUACGGCAGGAGGACUAUGCAGUCCAUCAGCAAUGAGCAAAAAGCUUGCAAGGUGCUGGGCAUUGUCUUCUUUCUGUUUGUGGUGAUGUGGUGCCCCUUCUUCAUCACGAACAUAAUGGCCGUCAUCUGCAAAGAGUCCUGCAAUGAGGAUAUCAUCGGAGCCCUGCUCAAUGUGUUCGUUUGGAUCGGUUACCUCUCCUCAGCAGUCAACCCCCUAGUGUACACACUGUUCAACAAGACCUAUAGGUCAGCCUUUUCACGGUAUAUUCAGUGUCAGUACAAGGAAAAUAAAAAACCAUUGCAGUUAAUUUUAGUGAACACUAUCCCAUCCCUGGCCUACAAGUCUAGUCAACUCCAAAAAGGACAGAAAAAGAAUUCACAGAAAGAUGCCAAGAUGACAGAUAAUGACUGCACUAUGGUUGCGCUAGGAAAACAAAAUUCAGAAGAUGCUCCUAUAGACAAUAUUAUCAACACAGUAAAUGAAAAGGUUAGCUGUGUGUGAUAGACUGGUUGCCAUGGCAACCACAGAGGGCACACUGAGCGAGUUUUCACGUCUCUGGAAAAAAUGAAAAGAUAAUAGGGAGACUGGAAAAAAUUAGGCCAAUCUAGUGGAACCAACAAUAAUAUCUAGAUGCCUCACUUUAUUCUGUCAGUGAAAAGCAGGGUUAAAUGCCACAAAAUGUGCACUUCAAAAAUGCUCUGGCAGCAUUUCAGCUGUGAGCUUUAUGAUACUUAUUUUUAACAUUGUAAAUGAUAUGUCUUUAAAAUAAUUAGCUUUUAUCGUAUAAUUAUAAUGAGGCCAUAAAUAAAUCUAAAUUAACUUCUAUUGUCAAGUGGAAACCUUGCUACUAUGUUG